GUUUUCACUCUGUAAUUCCAUAAUUUCAUCGAUUUUCUUGGUUGUAUGACCCGCGCCAGAAGCGUGCCGCUUCGUGAUGUUAUCGAUCAAUUAAGAAAAAUCCGCUGCGCGCCGAUUUAGCUAAUUUAGUUAAUUUUCUGCUUAACUCGGACAGUAGGCUCAUCAAUCUUCGAGCGAGGUUCGUUAAAUAUCGCAUAAAUCAUGAUUCGGGCACAGGUUACUGUGGACGAAGCCAAACGAUUCGUUUGCGAUGUGUAUGGGCUGAGAGUAGCCGGAAUUUAUUGCUUGAACGGGUACGACGAUAAGAAUUUUCACGUUAAGGUCGAUAGUACGAUCGAUAGUAGUAAUACGUGUAUCGAUAAAGUGUCUGAGUGCGGGUAUGUGUUGAAAAUCAUAAAUUCUUUGGAUUCCGAAGACGAGAGAAGGUUCGAGGCCCAGACUAGCCUUUUAAUACAUCUCAAUAAAUGCAAUAUACGAUGUCCCAAACCAGUGCUGACCAAAGAGAAAAAGAUAUUUGAAAAAGUAAUUAUAUCAGGAACAAAUCAUAUUAUACGAUUACUGGAAUAUAUAGAUGGAACUAUUUUACAUAAGAUUGACCAAUACAUGCCAGAACUAUUUUAUCAAGUUGGACAACUUGCUGCUAAGAUAGACAAUGCUUUACAGGAUUUUGAUCAUCCUGUUUAUCGCGAGAGGAUUCAAUGGAGCCUAGGUUCAGCCGCUGACAUUCUACAAUAUCUACAUGCGAUUAAUGAUGAGAAUAAAAAAGAACUUGUAUCGAAAAUAAUUAACGAAUUUUCUGCAAGAGUUCUGUCAAUUGAAAACGAACUUGAAAAAGGUAUUAUACAUGGCGAUAUAAAUGAACAAAACUUGCUGGUGGAAAAUAAAGAUGGAUGGUACAUUAAGGCCGUUCUAGAUUUUGGAGAUACUCAUUAUGGUUGCUACAUAUACGAGUUAGCAUUGGCUGUAGCAUAUAUGAUUUUUACAUCCAACGAUAUAAGCAAUGGUGCACAUGUUGUAAGAGGUUAUUGCUCAGCAAGGACCAUCUCUUUAAAAGAGUUCAAGUUACUAAAGAUUUGUGUAUUGGCAAGGUAUUGCCAGUCCCUUUUAUAUGGAGCAUACUCAAGUCUAGAAGACCCGAACAAUGAAUAUAUUCUAACAACUUCAAAAACAGGUUGGAGCUUAUUGGAUAGAAUCUCAAGUAUUCCAGAAGAUAAACUCUUAGGUAUAUGGGGUAAAGGAUUGGAUCUAAAAUAAAUACUUAAGCUUUUCCAGAUGUUUUUCUAGUAAAACAAAUAUAUUUUUAUACGUUAUUUUAAAGGAUACGAAUAAAAUAUAUACCAGUAAA